CCUCUCUCCCUGUCACGUCCCGCUUCCGUGGUCCUCAACCUACCGCAAAGAUGGCGAAGACGACGGCACCCGUGCCCCGCGACGACAAGAGCGGGGACGAGAAGGCGACCUCCAGCGUCUGCGAGGAGGCCGGCGUGGACGCGGGCGCGCAGGGCCCGCCGCGGCACAUACCCUCGAUCGAGAUCCAGGCGCGCUUCGACACGCUCCGGGACCUGUCCGAGGAGCAGAUGGCGGCGCUCAACAAGCGCCUCGUGCGCAAGGUGGACUGGAAGAUGAUGCCUAUGCUCACCAUUAUGUUCCUCAUGAACUAUUUGGAUCGCAUCAACGUUUCCAACGCCCGGCUCGCGGGCCUGCAGGAGGACUGCCACAUGUCCGACACGGAGUGGAACGCGGGCAUUUCUGCCUUUUACAUCGGCUACCUGCUCGGCCAGCUGCCCGGAAACCUGCUGCUGUCAAAGGUCAACCCGAACUGGUUCCUGGCCACCGUGAUGCUGCUGUGGAGUGCGGGUACUUUGUGCAUGGCAUCCAUCACAACACCGUGGGCGUUUGCCUUGUGCCGCUGCUUUAUCGGAUUCGCCGAAGCGCCAUUCUUCCCCGGGAUCACGUUGAUGACCUCGUCGUGGUACACCAAGGAGGAGAACCCGCUGCGCAUGGCCAUCUGGCACGCCGGCAACACCAUCUCCAACAUCCUGUCGGGCUUCCUUGCCGCCGGAAUCCUGGAAAACAUGGGCGGGGUUGCGGGCCUCAAGUCCUGGCAGUGGUUCUUCCUCAUCGAGGGCAUCGCGUCCGUCGCCGUCGCCCUGGCCGCCUACGUCGUCCUGCCGGCCUGGCCCGAGAACUCCAAGUUCCUGGACGAGCAGGAGCGCGAGAUGGCGCUGUACCGGGUUCUCAACUCCAACGGCGGUGUCGAGGAGACGCACGGCGGCAUCUGGGCCGGGCUCAAGUCGGCCGCCAAGGAUCCCUUCACGUGGAUCUUCUGCAUGAUGCACUUCGCCCUCGUCACGGCCCAGUCCUUCAAGGACUUUCUGCCCUCCAUCAUGAAGACCUUUGGGUUCGGCAAGCUCCAGACGUACCUGAUCCAGGCCCCGCCCUACGCCAUCGCCUACCUGGCCGCCUGCGGGCUCGCCUGGUCGUCGGGCAGGAUGCAGGAGAGCUUCUGGCAUGUGGUGGGGCCCAUCGUCGCGUCGGCGGCCGGGUGCGCCAUGCUGAUCGCGACGCUCAGCGUGCCCGUGCGCUACGUCGGCCUCGUCCUCCUCAUCUCGGGCACCUACUCGGGCCUCAACCUGCAGCUCUCGUGGGAGACGACCGUCGUGCCCGCGCCCCGCGCCAAGAAGGCCGCCCUGGUCGCCAUCGCAAACUGCAUCAGCCAGACCAGCCACUGGUUCACCCCUUACUUCUUCCCGCGCUCCCAGGAGCCCUACUACCGCAUGGGCGGCGGCGUCAUCCUGUUUGGCUGCCUCUGCGUCGUCAUCUCGGCCAUGCUGGCCCGCUGGAGGGCCGUGGUGCUCAACAAGCGCCUCGACGAGGCCGAGGGCUGGUCCGACAACUCUGGCAACGAGCGCGGAUGGCGCUAUGUCUACUAA